AUGUCUGCUCCGCUGAUUCAGGAGAGGAAGCCGGUGAAAGACCUGCAAAAGGCGUUUCAUUAUACGGACACGAUGUCGCGCAAGCCAACGCGAGACAAUGAUCCCUAUGAAUACCAGGCAGGUUUUGGUAACCGCCACCAAUCUGAGCUCAUCCCCGGUACUCUCCCGGCAGGACAGAAUAAUCCCCAAGAAGCCCGCUUUGGAUUGUAUACCGAGGGCAUUACCUACUCGGCCUUUGCGGCUCCUCGCCACGCCAAUUUCAGCACCUAUAUGUACAGGGUACGACCUGCCGCUGCUCACAAUGGCUACAAAGCCCAUAUUCCCCACAAGUCCGACAUUGAGAAUUGUUUCCUCACCCUCAACCCUAAGGUGGCGACACUAGCAGAGCAAUGCGAAUGGGCACCCUUUCCGUUACCCAGGGAGGACGAGGAGAUCGACUUUGUCGAUGGUCUGCACACACUUGGUGGAAGUGGAGAUCCCAAUCUGCGCGAGGGCAUUGCCUUGUAUGUCUUUAUGAUCAAUACGGAUAUGAAUCAUCGUGCGUUUUGUAAUACAGAUGGCGACUUCCUCAUCGUCGCCCAGCUGGGCAAUUUGGAUAUCCAGACAGAGCUGGGCAAGCUGUUCCUGCAGCCCGGCGAAAUAUGUGUUGUGCCUCGUGGCAUCCGGUUUCUGGUUCGUCUAGGUCCUGGCCACAGUGUUGCACGAGGUUAUAUCACCGAGAUCUGGGGGUCAAGCUGGGCAUUGCCGGAUUUGGGUCCCUUGGGUGGGCAUGGUCUUGCUAAUCCUCGCGAUUUCCUGCAUCCUGUGGCUUAUAUUGAUGAGAAUCUGCACGAGGAGUGGUCGAUUGUGAAUAAAGCGAAUGGGCUGUACCAUGCUAUUGAGCAGGAUCACAGCCCGUUCGAUCUGGUUGCGUGGCAUGGAAAUGUUGUUCCUUAUAAGGUCAGUCAACCGUGUACCGAAACAGCGUACAUGCUCACACGACGCUUGCAGUACGACUUGACCAAGUUCUCCUCGCAAAACGCCACCUCUAUCGACCACACCGAUCCAUCGGUCAAUUGUGUCCUAACAGCCCCAUCUCGCGACCCUGUCACUCCCCUGGCCGACUUUUUGUGGUUUGGCCCGCGCUGGGAUGUAGCUUCCAACACCUUCCGUCUGCCAUACUUCCACCGCAACUCGGCCACCGAGUUCCUGGCAAGUUUGUACGGCAACGGUCUCGGUCGAUCUAAUGACUUCUUGCCGGGCGGCGGGAGUGUUGAAAUUAGCCACACGCCGCAUGGCAACUUCAACGAAGCCUACGUGUAUGAGAUGAAGAACCAAGUGAACGAGCCACGCAGGAUUCUGGAAAAAUAUGCACGCACUGGCUGCGGGGCUUUCAAGAAUCAAGGCACCGACCCGAAGGUGUGGGAUGCGUUGCCGGACAAAUUCUCGUUGUAUCCGAAUAUCCACAAGAUCCUCAGGCAGGUCAAAGCAGACAAUGAGGCACGCAAGCAGCGGUCGGAGACUUACUAUGAUGAUGGCCGGCUGGCAGAGCUAGUCUGUCAAUAA